CGUCCUGCUGUGUGAAAGAAAAAAAAAACGAAAUCACUUGCUGUGUCUGCGCUGAGGCUGUCGGGAAAGGAAGGCUGGCGCUGCUCAUGGAGGUAUAACCGAGGCUGCAGCACAAAGAGAGACUGAUAUAUAAAUAUAUGUGUGUGUGCCUGUCCGCAUGCAUCGUUUUAUUUCUUGCUCAGAACGAGAAAUCAGAUAGCCAGCCCUAGUCAACGCGGGCUCUACAGUGCGAGUGAGUAAUGCGCGUAGAUUUACCCAGUGAACAUGGAUGACAAGUCCAACAAGCUUCUCUUAGCGUUGGUUAUGCUGUGUCUCUUUGGCGUCAUCGUAUUGCAGUACGUUUGCCCGGGCACAGAAUGCCAGUUGCUUUUGCGCCUUCAUGCCGGCUGGGGCACGUCUUCUUCAGCGGGCGGCGCUGCGGCUUUCUCCGGCGGUGGCGGCGACCCUUACCGGGCAGAGGACGGGACCCUGUCUCGCUUCGUGCCCCGCUUCCACUUCUCUGAGGACGAGCUGCGGCGCGCAGUGGACUUCAACAUCAAGGGGGACGACGUGAUCGUUUUCCUGCACAUCCAGAAGACUGGGGGCACAACCUUCGGGCGACACCUGGUCCGCAACAUCCUGCUGGAGCAGCCGUGCGAGUGCCGGGCCGGCCAGAAGAAGUGUACCUGCCUCCGGCCCGGAAAGAAGGAGACCUGGCUGUUCUCUCGGUUCUCCACGGGCUGGAGCUGCGGGCUGCACGCAGACUGGACCGAGCUCACGAACUGCGUGCCGGCGCUCAUGGACAUCACGACGGAGCCCACGCCGCAGAAACCCCGCAGGAACUACUACUAUAUCACGAUCCUGCGGGACCCGGUGUCACGGUACCUGAGCGAGUGGCGUCACGUGCAGCGGGGGGCCACGUGGAAGGCGUCUCUGCACGUGUGCGACGGGCGUGCCCCCACCCCCUCCGAGCUGCCCACCUGCUACUCGGGGGACGACUGGUCGGGCUGCACGCUGGCAGACUUCAUGGACUGCCCCUAUAACCUGGCCAGCAACCGGCAGACGCGCAUGCUGGCUGACCUCAGCCUGGUGGGCUGCUACAACCUGUCUGUGAUGGGCGAGGAGCAGCGCAGCCGCGCCCUGCUGGAGAGCGCCAAGCGCAACCUCAAGGAGAUGGCCUUCUUCGGGCUGACGGAGUUCCAGCGCAAGACCCAGUACCUGUUCGAGCGCACCUUCCACAUGCGCUUCAUCAGCCCCUUCACCCAGUUCAACAGCACGCGGGCCACCAGCGUGGAGGUGGAGCCCGAGACCCAGCGGCGCAUCCGGGAGCUCAACGUCCUGGACGUGGAGCUCUACGAGUACGCCCGGGACCUCUUCCUGCAGAGGUUCCAGUCCGCCCGGCAGCAGGAGCACAGGGAGGCCAGGAGGAGGCGCCAGCAGGAGAGGAGGCAGCUCCAACGGAGCCGGCUGCAGUGGGUGCGGCAGGAGGAGGAGGAGCUAGCCUGGGGGCAGGAGGAGAACUCCACUGGGGGAGACUACAUGGGCAAUGUGGAGAGGUGGCGGCGGUAAUGCAGGGCUCGUGGGUGGCUGGGGGCGUCACGUUCUCUAACCCUCGUUCGCUAGUUUUGAGAGAGGGUGGGACUUCUUGAUCCAGAUUGGGGGAGGGAGGGGGGGGGAUGUCAAGUGUUUACACUGUGCUCGGGGACAGAAGUGUGUUCAUUUGAAAACUGAAAUCAAAUUGUGUUUUUUUUUUUUUUUUUUCAAUGCUAAACUGAAGCCAUUGUGAAUUCGCACUAGACUCGGAACCAAAGUGAGUUCACCCCAUAAUGAAACUGAAGCGAAUUCAGUUAAAAGUAAAAAGCCAUCCUGAAUUCAUAUUGAACUUGAACCAGAAGUGAAUUCACUCUGGACUUUUUUCAGAUUUAAGACUGCAAUCAUUUCUGAAGUCGUUCCAGUUUUGAAAGCGGCUGCGCUUAUCUUGUUUUAUUCUAUGGAAGGACCCGGAGCCUGUUGAACCCGUGUCUCUAAAGAGACGGCAUGCCGAAACAUCCCCCUCCUGAGGGGGCUUAGAAUUUUACCAUUUUAACUUCCAACAGCCUCGGCUUGCUUGGUUUAUUUAUUAUACCUUUUAAAUGUGAGAAUCAAGUCUUCAGACACUGUGCAGGAUUAACAAUAUAUACCAACGUCUGUACUGUAACACGUGGCAGUUCUAGGAGUGUUGAGGUACCAUCAGUCAAUAGGAGCGAUCCAAUCCCAUCUCAGCCUGUUAGAACACUUCUACUGUGUCUCAUGAACAUUCCAGAAGUACUCUCAGUUCAGAAUCAUGCAAUAGCUUAUUAUUUAUUAGUAACCCUGGGAAUUCUGUCUUUUUAAUAUGUGCAAAAUCGAAUUAGUUUAACAAACACAAAAAAACCCACCUGAACUUUGCAUCAGGGGCUCGUUUUAAGGCUGGCUUGGUGGGUGGGCCUGGUUGCUGCUGCUGGUACCAGAACUGUGUGAUUUCGAAAUGAACUCCCAUUGCAUAGCCGUCCUGCAGUGCUGAGUCGUUCCGGGUUUUACUUUCCCAGUUGUGUAGACCGGUAAUCCUGCAAUGACUGCUGCCUAGACUCUGCACUGGGAGCUUGACGUCGGAUCCCCUGACUGGACCUCAUGUUUUGAAUGAUCCAGUGCAUCGUUCACACUGGCCUGCUUUUCCACUGGGAUUCUGUCUCCUCUUCUACGUCAUGCAAUGCUGUCGUCUACACACACAUACUGUAAGAUGUCUUAACUGUCUUAUGCAAGCGUUUUGGGGCUAUGAUACCUGUGUCAAACUCAUUCUGAGCUUGUUCGGAGCAUGCCUGCGCUUCCUGAUCUGAGCGAUCACGUGACACGCGAUUCUAUUAGCUCCUCCUGCUUCUGUACAGCACUGGGGGCCAACAGAUUAGAGCAAGCGGUGGGUCACAUGAUGUCAGGCUGGGAGAAACACACCUGGUUAAAACACAGCCUUUUGCAAGUCAGUUCAAAAUCAGUUCAAAGCCGGCAAGGCAGAGCUGCAUUGCACUGGACUGCCUUGUGACCUCAACAUCAUAGCCGUGUAUGGAUGGAUGUGUAAUAUAUAUAGAAAUGUGUAAUCUUGAUCCGCGCACUCCCUUCCUGUGAGCCCAAACUAGAACUGGUUCCUGAUGUCCAGUUUCCUUUUUGAAGCCUUAAGUAAAUGUGACGCUGACUGUAGGAAAGGAGUGGAGGGGGCGGGGCUCAGACGGGGAGGGGCGUGUUCUCACUUCACCUAUUUUUUUGAUUUUUUUUACAUGUGCAUGGGGACUGCAUUCUGUCUGUAAAUAUGUUGAUUUUGUACAUAGGGAAUGUCUGAGACUGAGGGACGCUUUGCCAUAAAUAAAAUGCCUUCUGCUUUUAA